AUGGAUACCGAGGACAUAAGAGUGGAGGUUGUCUGGAGAAACGUAACUGUGGAGUCGGUUUCGGAGCCUUUUAAGGGAGCUUUGAUUAAAAGAAUCCAGGGAAAGAUAGAGCCUUCGACGAUGACGGCGCUUCUGGGUGCAAGCGGAGCAGGAAAGACAACGAUGUUGAAUGCCAUAAUAGGAAAGACAAAUGAGAGACUAAAGGUGUCGGGAGAGAUCUUGCUAAAUGGAUAUCCCGUGGAUGCAAGUGUAUGGAAAUGUGCUGUGGGGUUUGUGGGAGAGCAUCUUCAUGCAUACGAGACACAGACAGUCGAGGAAACACUGAGGUUUGCCGUGGCAAUAUCAAGAGACACAGGUCCAGAGACAGUUGUGAACGAGGAAGUUUCCUGCCUGAUCAAGGCACUGGGACUCUCCAGGAUUGCACACACACAGAUUAGCUCGAUAUCAACUGGGGAAAGAACAAGACUCUCUCUGGGGAUUACUCUUGCGAAGAGACCCUCCAUACUGAUUAUGGAUGAAGUCACUAACGAGCUUGAUUCGUUCAAUGUCGUCCACAUUCUGAAGAUUCUCAUGGCUCUGAGACAGCAGGGGAAAGGAAUCAUGAUUUCGUUCCAAAGGCUUCCACAGGAGAUGCUUUCAUUCUUCGAUAAGAUCAUGAUAAUAUGUCAAGGGGGCGUUGUGUUCAACGGAUGUCCUGAGGAGUGUGUGGAAUUCUUCAGAAGCUGUGGGCACGACCUCAAGAAGUACGUGGGUUCAUCCGACUUUUUCAUGGAUGUCUUGUCUGUUGACACAACAACACCCGAGUCUGAGAAAAUGUCUCUCGGCAGAAUAGCAAGAUUAAAAAUGUGCUGGAAGAGAAUAGAGCCUUUGGCAGUGUCGUCAAUAAUAGAGAAGACGGAGUUUCCUACAGUGUCCAGAAGAUACAUUCUGAGCUUUACACUUAUCUUCAAAAGAAACUUGUCGGACUUCCUAAGGAGACAUGAGCUUAUGAGGAUCCUAAGCAUCCAAAAACUCACAACCCUGGCCCUUCUCGUCCUUGUCUACUUCCGGCUAGAUUACACACAGAAGGGCAUUCGGGAUAGAUUUGGAAUCCUGUCGUUCAUUGUGAUGGGCAGUUUCGAAAAAACAGCAGCCGCUGCAAUCAUAUUCCUUGACUCAUACAGAAAGGCACUCAAAAGAGAGGUUUGUGCAGGAAUGUAUGGCGCUGCCAUGUCCUACUUUGCCAGUCUGGUGUCCAGCUUCUGCAUAUUAGGCACAUCGUGGAUUGCCUACAUUGCCGCGGCGUACUGGAUCGUGGGGCUGAACCCAAACAUCCUUAGAUUUGUGUUUUUUGUGCUCAUACUCGUGAUUGUCACAGUCUUCUCCAUGUCAUUCGGAAUUGUGGUUGCGCUGCACACAAAGACCCUUGUUCAGGCACAGGUGCUUACAUCCGUACUGAUUAUGUCGUUUAUAAUACUUGGAGGAGCGUUUGUUGAUCCAGGCACGAUUCCAGGGUUUGCCAGGUGGGCCAUAUGGAUAUCUCCUGUGUAUUAUGCUCUCGAAAUAGCUCUGCAGAGCCAGUUUGAGGGCCUGGUCUUUGAAUGCAAAGGCUCGGAGAGAUGUAUUUCUAACGGAAACGAGGCUCUGCACCUAUACGGAUUCCGAAGGGUUGGGUAUGGCGUGUCUGUAGGAAUGCUCCUCCUCAUCACCACCGUAUCCAUUGCUCUUGGAGCCAUCUCGACGAACAGGGUUUUCAAACCAAGAAACAGCAUAUGA